GGUGGCCGGGGCUGCCUCGAGCGGCUCGUGGUGGCCUUGUUUACCAAGUUGCACUCCCGUCGGUGGGCUCAACAGGCACGGGGGAAACCGUCCUCCUGUUUCAGGGCGAGCCUUGCUCCCUUUGAGAGGUGUGAGCAGCCAGGAAUAGCUAAGGCCUGACUAGGUGUGAAGAACCAUGAAGUGGGAAGGUUUCUACGCCCUGGUGAUCGGCGUGAACCGCCACUCCACCUCCAUCGGCCGCAUCUGGCUGUCCGUGGUCUUCAUCUUCCGCAUCAUGGUGCUGGUGGUGGCCGCCGAGAGCGUCUGGGGCGACGAGCAGUCGUCCUUCACCUGCAACACCCAGCAGCCCGGCUGCAAGAACGUCUGCUACGACUACUACUUCCCCAUCUCCCACAUCCGCCUCUGGGCCCUGCAGCUGAUCCUGGUGACCACGCCGGCUUUGCUGGUGGCCAUGCACGUGGCCUACCAGCAGCACCAGGAGAAAAAGCUGCUGGUGAUGACCGGCCACGGAGACCCGAAGCACUUGGAGGAAGUCAAGAAGCACAAGAUGCGCAUCUCGGGGUCGCUGUGGUGGACCUACAUCUGCAGCGUCAUCUUCCGCAUCCUUUUCGAAGCCACCUUCAUGUACAUCUUCUACAUGAUCUACCCGGGCUAUCAGAUGAUCCGACUGGUCAAGUGCGACGUCUACCCUUGCCCCAACACCGUGGACUGCUUCAUCUCGCGGCCCACCGAGAAGACCAUCUUCACCGUCUUCAUGCUCGCCACCUCCGGCAUCUGCAUCAUCCUCAACGUGGCCGAAGUGGUGUUCCUGCUGGUGCGGGCCUGUGCCCGCCGCACUCACCCGACCCGCAACCCCUCCUCGGGGAAAGGCUCUUUCCUGGGCCACAAGCUCUCCUCGGAAUACAAGCAGAAUGAAAUCAACCAGCUCCUGACCGAGCAGGACGGCUCCCUCAAAGACAUUCUCCGGCGGAACUCAGGGCUACAGGAGAAGGGCGACCGCUGCUCUGCCUGCUAAGGCCAUCCCAGGGGCGGGGGCCAUCCCCUGGGGAGUAGCUUGCCGGGCCUGGCAGGAUGGCUGGGGAACUCUGCUGUGGACUGCCAUGGGCCCCAUGCCGGCUGGCCUGCCCUCUCGAGAGCCACAAACACGGCCGUGGGUGCUUUCCACGUGUCCCAGUCGCCCCUUGCCAGCCCUGCCUGUUUUCUGUCCCCUUCUUUGCGCUCUCUGUUUACACAUUGGUCCAGAUCCGUUCUGUGGGCUUUGUGAUAACAGAUCCAACCACAGGAUUAUAUGGCCCAGAAGCUCCCCCCUCCCCCUCCCCCACAAAUCUGCUUCGGGGUGCAAGCACGGUAGGGUCGGAUUCAUGAUCAGACAGGAGACCGACCGGCAGGUUCAGCCUUGGGCAGCGUCUUCUAGUGGGGAAGAGGAAAACAUCCUGCUUUCAACUUGGGCAAAUAGUUUGACCUGCCAGCCGCAACGGCCCAUAUCAUGCCCGAUGGACCCAGGCAAUGGUCACGUCCUCUGGUCUGGUUUCGCCCAUUCAGAAUCUCUGUUGGGGGGGGGAACCUCUGCCUGCAGCUGGCAAGGAGCUGCUCCUGCCUCCGAGGGUACAGCUGCCACCAUAGGGGUGGGGUGGGUUUCUGCUUGUGCCCAUCCCACGGGCCCCUUCCCCAGUCCUUCCACCCACCCCUCCCAACAGAAGGCAGGCAGGCAGAAUUUGAGACAAAAAGUCAUCCCCAAGCCUGGCGUUCACUCCGUGUUUCCUGCAUCCUGAAAUGGAAACGCUGUGCCUUGUACACGGGAACCCCUCGGGUCACCUUUGGGGAUGGAUGCAGUUCACGCAGAUGCCUUGCUCUGCAGUUUUAAAUUCACCCAGUGGUUUCGGGCCCAGUGAGACUGCAAGACCGGGUGUCUUGCUCCUGGCCCUUCCUCUCCAGGUGUUCCAGAGGGAGGAGAUUUGCAGCUACAGCCCAUGCUAGCGGCUCACCCCUUUUUUGGGGUGGGGGGACAUUGGCAGAAUUCUGGGGCCUUCGAGAGAUACCACCAAGGAGAAGUCCGAGGCAGGUGCCUUUCGCUGUGGUGGCCAGAUCUCGCUUCUAUGUACAGUACAGAUAUUUUGAAGGCCUGGAAGUUCUCCCGCAGGGAAAGGAAGACACACACAACACACAUACCCGGACUCUCUGCUGUUUUUAAUUGGGGUCCAUGGAGGGGGUGGGGGCAGGAUGCUGUUGCCACUUGGCUGCACAUCACUGUACCAAAGCAGUCACAGUAUUAAAAUGGUUUGCGCUCCUUGCCUUCAGGUGUGUUUGGCGGGUGCCACAUGUGACCGAUGCACUUACCACAGCCGCCGCAGGGGGCCGUGAAGCCCAGCCGCUAACGUUCUCGUGCCCCUUUCCAUGAGGUCUAGCUAAGGAGCAAGAAAGACCAGUCGGGGGGUUGGAUCUGCAUAUCUAAUCCCGUAGGCCAGGCAGUAACUCUGCAGCCAGCCCCUGCCUCCGUCCCGCCUGGGUAAGGCGCCUUGUGUAUUCUGCUGUAAGGCACAGGACAACACCAUCAGGGGAGCAAAAGCCAGGGAACACACACCUGAGUGCCGAACGAGGCAUGCCUUCCUGCUGGGAGCUUCUGAAACACACUUUGUGCAUAAAGGAAAACAGCACCAAGAACUUCAGUGGCUCAGAUCAGGGAAGGCAGGGCAGGGUUACGAGAAAGGAGGGGCUGAAAGCAGACCAAAUCUUUAAAGCCAUGCUUUCCCCCCCACCAAACACAAUGCUGAGGAAAAUGACUGUACUUUUUCAGAGUGGUUUCACCCAAAUGGGGAAAAGGCUGGCUGGGGCUAGGCAGUACCGAUUGGCUAGUAUCUGUACCCUCAUCAACACCCCAGCUCAGUUUUGCAAUUGUUUAUUAAACACUUUUUGUUUUUAAUGGAA